AUGGAUGCAGGUGGUUGUCAGAUGAACGGAGGAGGUGGUGGCGGCGCGGGAGAUACGCAAGGAUCCGGACCCGAGCACGGAUUAAUCACGCUGGAAGAUCUCGACUCGUUCGCGGAGAACCAGCGGUCAGACUCGGAAGCAGGCAGCCUAGAGGAGACGGACAUGACGGACGAUGAUGAGCAGGAGAGAUUGUUACGUUACUGGCAGGACGUAGCCAGAGGACAUCGGGUCGAAGUGCCCAGAGAUAUGGCAGAACCCAUUCAACAACUAACCACCAAUAAUAACGGCACACACCAGCGGGAAACGGUUCCCUUCACGCUCAUCACGCGCAAGGAGAAGUGCGGGGACGUACUUUAUGAGAAGCGGCGUUACGACAAGGCACACUGGGCCUGCAUCACAGUGGAGGAGGAAACGUACGAACAGAGCUUCUGCUACGGCUUUAUGAAGAUCAUGAAGUACAUCUGCCAGCAGAAUUCUUUAGGCAGUUAUCUGGGCAUGACCAUACCUAUCCUGACCGUGGUGCGACCAGAGGGGACGAACACCGGCCUGUCAAGAGUGGUCACCGUCGCGUAUUUCCUGCCCUCGAACCACCAGGCUCAGCCUCCAACACCCCACGAUCCCGGCAUAACGACUGAAGUGUGGCCGGCCACCACGGUCUACAGCAGGGCAUUUACGGGCACUACGAACGAGACCACGCUCAUCAGUCAGAUCAACACCCUGGCAGAGCUGCUGGAUUCUCCCGGCCUGUACGUGAGCGAUUCCUUCAUCAUGGCUGGAUACAGCAACCCUGCAGCCGCGCUCCGGAAUAACGAGAUGUGGUUUAUCGAGAGGCCGUGAGGGCUUUCCUGGUUCACGCCCUGCCUGAACCUCAACGAAUCACCUUUAUUAGACUUUAACUAACCAUGCACAUUAUUUUACCUUCAUUCAUACCUACAUUCACAUUUA